UGCAUCACGCGAACAGGAAGCGCAUCACUGCUCAGUUACGUGUCACGUCAAGAGGUUCUGUACACAAAUAUCACGGACAGCUUAAUUUCUAUCACGAGAUGUGAUCAUUCACUCACAACGGACCUAAGCUCUUUCUUCAGAUAUCGUCCUGACAGUCUGUUAAACUCUGCUUGUGUCAAUGGCCUGUCUUGUGCCAGUUUGACGGGUUACAUGUGAGAGAGAGAGAGAGAGCAGUCAGGAUGAGUGGCGUGGCGCUCGCGCUGGAGGUGGUGGUGGUGUUCUUCCUCGCACUCUUCCUGUUGCACCGCUAUGGAGACUUUCGCAAGCAGCAUCGGAUGGUCCUGUUCGCCACCCUCCUUGCCUGGUUCCUGUGCUUCCUCAUCGUCUUCAUCCUCCCGCUGGACGUCAGCACGACCAUAUAUAACCAGUGUGAGAUUGAUAAUCGGGUCCACCUUGUGGCGAGCAACACUUUUAUCCGUGAUAAUUCCUCCAACACUUCGGUAUUUCCAACACAAAGGGUCUCAAAGUCUUGCCAUAAGCCUUGGAGUUACAUCCCAGAUGGAAUUCUUCCCGUGUUUUGGAGGGUGGUGUACUGGACGUCACAGUUCCUGACAUGGCUCUUGAUUCCAUUUAUGCAGUCGUAUGCACGCUCAGGAGGAUUCUCCAUCUCAGGGAAAAUAAAAACAGCCCUGAUAGAAAACGCCAUUUACUAUGGAACAUACCUGCUUAUCUUCUGCUCCCUGCUCAUCUACGUUGCCGUCACACCGAAGUGGCACCUCUCCUGGUCUGACUUGCGAACAAUUGGCAUUACCGCCGCCAACACCUGGGGGCUGUUCCUGCUGGUGUUGUUGCUCGGAUACGGCCUGGUAGAAAUCCCACGCUCCUAUUGGAGGGCAUCGUGCCACGGGCAGCUGCUGGCAAAGACGUACUUUAAAGCAGCAAAACUGAUGACGGAAAAAGCAGAUGCCGAAGAAAACCUGGAAGAUGUUAUGGAGGAUGUCAGAACAGUUAACGAAACAAUCAAAUACAAUCAUCCUCUACGCAAAUGCAUUGACACUAUUCUGAGAAAGUGUCCUGUAGAAUACCAGGAAAAGAUGGGCAGAAACAUGGAUGAUUAUGAGGACUUUGAUGACAAAGGAAACCCUUAUCCUAGUAAAAAGAGUUUAGUCAAACUACAUAAACAGGUGAUCUAUGCUGUUCAGAGGCAUAACCGCACACAAGUUCAGUGGCAGAUUCUAUUGGACGAGGCUUUUCACUUAGAGGAUGUGGCCAAAAAUGAGACAAGCUCCACCCACCAGUUCAUUCACAGCUUCCCCUCUGCAGAACCGCCUGGAUGGAUCAGCAAGUACCUGUACACGCCCACUGUGGAGUGGUACUGGGAGUGUGUUUUCCGGCGCUGGUGUUAUCGCGUGCUGGCUGUGCUUUUAUGCAUGUUCUCUGCGGCAGUGGUCUGGUCUGAAUGCACCUUCUUCAGCACACAGCCCGUUCUGUCUCUCUUCGCUGUCUUCAUCCAGCUCGCAGAGAGAGACUACAACUAUGUUUACAUAGAGAUGGCGUGUUUUGUCACCAUAUUCUUCUUGUGUUACUGCGUGUACUCCACUGUGUUCCGGAUCCGAGUCUUUAACUACUAUUACCUGGCCCCUCACCACCAGACGGACGCCUACAGCCUGCAGUUCAGCGGCAUGUUGUUUUGUCGUUUGACGCCUCCGCUGUGUCUGAACUUUCUGGGUGUGAUUCACAUGGAUUCCACCAUCUCCCAUCAGCAGAGAGAGCAGACAGCGUACAAUUCAAUAAUGGGAUCCAUGCAGGUCCUGUCUUUCAUCGCUAAUGGAUUUUAUAUUUAUUAUCCUAUGCUCAUCGUUCUGCUCUGCAUUGCAACUUACUUCAGUCUGGGCACACGCUGUCUGAAUUUGCUGGGCUUCCAGCAGUUUAUGGGUGAGAAUGAUCUGACCUCUGACCUGGUGGAUGAGGGGAAAGAACUCAUUCGGAGAGAAAGAAGAAAACGGCAGAGAACAGAGGAUGGAGAGAACAGACGGAGAGAUUGGAGGGAACGCUACAGUGAACAGAGGGAAAGAUAUGGCGGGAGGAACAGAAGUGUGUACUCAGAGCUGAAGGAGACGGACGGCUCCAGCACAGACUCUGGCAGAGCUCAGUCUCGUAGAGAUCGAAACGACAAGGUCGAAUUACUACAAGACGUUGAACCGUUGGACUUCACUGGAGAAGAACCGCUGGAAACAGAUAACAGGAGGUACGCUGGAGGACAUUACCUCUCGACCUCUGCAUCUCGUAGCCGCAUCUUUGAUGAUGUAUGAGAACAAGGAAAACAAUAAAGGGAAACUGUUUGCACUUUUUAAUCUACACACUCUUCCUGAAGUGUCCAGUGAGGGACUGCAGCUUUAACACUUCUGUGUGUCUCUUUGUAUGCGUUUUCUGUGUGUGUGUGUGUGUGUGUGUGUGUGUGUGUUGCUGUUACAUCCCAUUGUCCCUUUACUUCCAGAUGAAGCCAAAAUAGCAACAAACUGUAAUGCACUGAAGGUACAGCAUCUUCACAGCAGUGACGGUUGCUUUUCAUGCAGAGGAACAUUUAAUAUGUGGCUGAAAAGGGAAGAAAAAGUCUCACGUUUGUUCUCUAUAGAAUCUUAGUUUGAAGUUUAAAGAUUCAGUUUUGACCUCUGACCUUUCACCAUCAGGAUGAGAACUUGUUUGACCAGUAAAUGACCUACAGGCAGAGAUGGGCACAAAUACAUCAAAAAGUAUUUAGUUACAAAUUAUAAAUACUUAUUCAUCAAAUGUAUUUAAAUAAAAUACAAAAUACUGCUGUGAAAAAAUUUAUUUAAUUAAAGUAAUUUGUAAUUUGAAAAUACAAAAAUACAAACAAAAUUUACAUGCAAUCAUUUGAAGUGAGAGAUUAACAGUUGAGUUAGAUACACGUAAGAGAGAGUUGCUCUCAGUUGUUAUGUAUAGCCAAAGCAUUCAAAAAGCACUAACAACUAUUUAACAGUAGAAUUAAAGUAAGAAAUUCACCCGCGGAUAUAACUGCGAUCCGCGCAUCACUAGACAGCGCACGUUAUGCUUUAGCUAGCAAGUCAAUUCAUAAGUUCUAGCCAUUUGCGUUAAUCUUCUGUCCUAUAAUGACAUUUAGUGAAUAAUAUCUGAUAGUAUAUUUUACUAGAUACUUUACCUUAAAGCAGUUUGACUGAGCACAAAAGCAGCUUCUUUACCUGCUUCUGACCUUGCUAUGCAAAGUAAGACAGACGUCGGUCAUGAGCUCCGUAACUGAAACAGCAGCCGCCUUUUACGUUGCAUUCACGCAGGCCGUCGGCGCUAAUGCUUUUCUUUUACUUUGAAUAGGUGAUGUCAUGUGUUGCCGAACUGAAUUGUGGGUCGCUUGACUCACGUUGCUCGCGGCUGAAGUUGAAAAUUUCUUAACUUUUCAAGCGCCAACGCAGGCGUCAGCCAAUCAGAUUGCCUUAUGCAAAUACCCUAGCACAGACGCUUGCCAAUUGCAUUCAUGCAACACCGGAAAGUAAUGCGAUUGGCUGUUGUCACAAUGACGGUUGCGUCAGCACCAAGCUUCAGACACACCCUCCAUCAAGCAUUGACGCCAAUGCCCGUGUGAAUGCACUGUUAUAGUUCCUCCUGAACCAAAACAAUGAGCUUAUGCAGCGUUCAUGCCGUAACUACCCGUGACGUUGUACUUGGGGUGGUUCGUGACUGCGUUUCAAUGGCAACACUAUCAAUGCCGAAAUGAAUCUGCAGCAGUCAGGUGGUACAGGUCAGAGCUCUUUAAGUUGUUUAUGUUCAUUAUUAUUGUAAUGUUAUGUGCUUUGAGACGUAAGGUAGUUUAACACAGUCUCUCGUAAUGCUUUUUUCCCCUGUUGUAAGCAUUCAUGUGUUUUGGAGGAGGCGUGGCUUUGGAGACGCUCUGAAGGGAGGGUGGGAUUCUUAUGCUUUCAAAGCUAGCUCGCUAUUGCUAGCUUCUCCGAAAAUGACCUACCCUACCCUUAAACACGGUGAUGAAAGUUAUUGUAUGCAAGAAUAAAAUAAUAUAUUUGAAUGUAUUUUAAAUACAAAAUACUUUCUCUCAAAGUAUUUAAUUACAAAUUAAAUUAGAUUUUUUUCUUUUUUAAGGAAAAUACAAAUUACAAAAUACUCAAAAGUAAUUAAAUGCGCAUUUUAAAUACAUUUAAUUAAAAUACUGCCCAUCUCUGCCUGCAGGAAAUGCUUCUGUCUUUUGUUUGAGUAUUUUGUUUAAUAGUUCAUUAUUUAACAGAUCACACUUUAAAGUUACUGAUAAAAAAUAUGAAGAAAAUAUCUCAUUUUGGUUAUUCAGCUCAUGUUUUGUACUGUAAACUUCAAAUCUGUUUCAUCAAAGAGUGAAUGCAUAUAACAAGAAUGCUGUUUUACUUUUUCAAUUAUGUUCUAUUUAUUAUAAAUGUCUCUGAAUUAAUAUUAAAUAACUGCUCAGAGCUACUGACAUUUUGAAGGACAAUUUGUGCUUUUUCUUUUUUUGAUGUCACAAAUCUGUAUAGCAGCUAUGUUUUGAUUAUUUUCUUUCUUUUAUUUGUGUUCUUGUUUGUUUGCAUUUCAUCAAUACCUCAAAUAAAUAUUCCAGAGAUCUUAA